GUGUCUCUCUAAUCGUUUACACUUUUGGGGUGAGCGGACUUCCUUCACUGGGAGGCAACUUUAAAUGGUGCAUAAGUCGCAAUAAAUAGAGUAUUGACGUUACAUUUUCCCUUUUCCACCAUUAUCCUGGGAUGUGGAAAAUUUAAUUUUCUAGUGCAACAUUUCGCUGUGUGUGCCGAAAUAAUAUGAAUAGAGGAAAAUCUGUGUACUUUUGCUACUCUGUGGCUAAAUAUGAUUGUUCUGCUGGACAGAAUAUAUAUUGUAUGUAGUGUGAAUUGAAAGAAAAUAUUAUUCAUUGUGAGUUGGCUGUCAUAUUGUGCCAGAGAACGGCUAUCGUUAAUUGGAAUGGUUUUAAAUGUGCAUGCGAGAGAAUAUUUGUGUUUAAUUCUCCACUGGGCAGCUAAAGGAGAAUCGUCAGUGGAAGGAUAGAAAUUACACUCAUAAAAAUAUUGACUCUAGCAGAAGCUGAAAGGAGUGUUGGAAAGUGGUUGAGAGAGAAAGAAAAGCAAUCUCUAGAAAGUAUAUAGUGUUACUCAAAAGCAUUGAGAAAAUACUAUGGGAUAUAGCACAUUAUGACAAUAAUAAGAUUUAAUAUCGAAUCAGCAUUGUACUUCGUGACAUCAACAUGAGUUCACGUCACGCCCUUUACACCGUCGAGGUGGGUGAUACUAAAUUCACAAUCCUGAAGAGAUAUCAGAAUUUGAAGCCCAUAGGUUCUGGAGCUCAGGGCAUAGUUUGUGCUGCUUAUGAUACAGUGACCCAGCAAAAUGUGGCGAUCAAAAAGCUGUCGAGACCUUUUCAGAAUGUCACACAUGCCAAAAGAGCCUACAGGGAGUUCAAACUUAUGAAAUUAGUCAAUCACAAAAAUAUCAUUGGUCUGCUAAAUGCAUUCACGCCACAGCGCACACUUGAAGAAUUUCAAGAUGUCUAUUUGGUCAUGGAGCUUAUGGACGCAAACCUCUGCCAGGUUAUUCAGAUGGACCUGGAUCACGAGCGAAUGUCAUAUCUGCUAUAUCAAAUGCUGUGUGGAAUAAAGCAUCUCCACUCGGCGGGAAUAAUACACAGAGAUUUGAAACCAUCCAAUAUUGUGGUCAAGUCUGAUUGUACAUUAAAAAUCUUAGACUUUGGAUUGGCUCGCACAGCUGGCACGACAUUCAUGAUGACACCUUAUGUCGUCACGAGGUACUAUCGGGCACCGGAAGUGAUUCUCGGCAUGGGAUAUCACGAGAACGUGGACAUUUGGUCUGUCGGCUGUAUAAUGGGUGAGAUGAUUCGUGGAGGUGUUCUUUUCCCUGGAACAGAUCACAUUGAUCAGUGGAACAAGAUUAUAGAGCAACUUGGCACACCGUCGGCGUCUUUCAUGGCUCGUCUUCAGCCAACUGUUCGCAACUAUGUGGAGAAUAGGCCACGAUAUACCGGUUAUCAGUUCGACAAACUCUUCCCGGACGUCCUCUUUCCGAGUGACUCCAGCGAGCACAGUCGCUUGAGGGCGAGUCAGGCGCGGGAUCUGCUCAGCAAGAUGCUCGUCGUGGAUCCCGAGCACAGAAUUUCGGUGGAUCAAGCUUUAGUCCAUAGUUACAUAAAUGUGUGGUAUGACGAGAGUGAAGUGAACGCGCCGGCUCCUGGUCCAUAUGAUCACAGUGUUGACGAGCGUGAGCACACUGUUGAGCAAUGGAAGGAACUCAUCUAUCAGGAGGUGAUGGAAUAUGAGGCGCGCAGUAAUAAUACAGACACGACCGACGGUAAUCCGCGGUAGAGGGACGUACAAUAAGCAAGGAGAGAGAGAGAGUGACACAUUGAUGGGUGGAAAGUGAGUCCGUGUCCUCUAGCAAUAGUAAUAAAAAAAGAGAAAAAGGAACCUUUUAAGUGUACAUAAUAAGUUUUUGAUUAUUGAGGAAAAAAAAAGUGAGUCAAGGAUGAUGAGAAAGCAUACAAAAAGGAAAAAAAUUGAUCUUUGAUAAAACUUAAGAAUGUGUGUAGAGGGACGAAAAGAAGACAUGUAUAACUAUUGUAUUUUAAAUUAGAAAUUACCAUCUAAUGUAAGUUUACUGUGGAGAGAUGCAAAUGAGAUUUCGAGCAUAAAUGCGAAGAUGUCGUUUUCAAUCAUCCGAAGGAAGACAUGGAAAAAAUGCAAACGGUUUCACGUUCGAAACACGAUAUUGAUGCAAGAAAGGAAGAGGAUAAUUGAAAAAAAAUUGAGAAUGACAUGUUGCAGGAAAUGAACUGUUAACCGAUUGAAAAAAGGGACAGAAAGAGUGAAAAUGUCAAGGAUAUUUAAAAAAUCCGCAUGUGACAAAAGUAUGCAAAAUGUUUUGGUGAACAAAGGAAAAUUUUGUUUAAUCUGUGCAAUAGAAAGGGAUUAAAAAAGAAUCAAUAAGUCUACGAUAUAAAAUGGAGAAAAUAAAAACACACAGUUUGUAUUGAUGAGAAAUAAUUAUAAAUGUGAUUUUAUAGUGCAACAGUGAUUAUAAUAAGAAGGAAAAUUGGAAGGAAAAAAAAAUCCGCAGUGAAGAUCAACAAUCUUUAAUAAUAAAUUCUCAACGUAGAGCAAAAAGAAAAAUGUAAAUUCCAUAGACAGUAAAAGUUCAAUUUUUUCGUAAAAAAAAA